AUGCAUUGGAGGAUAUCUAUACUGCUAGCUCUGGCUAUAUCGCUGGUCGGCAAUCUACCGGCUGUCCAUGCCUCCAAAACUCUGCAACUCGCAGAUAUUGUCUUUACCAUCAACAAGGGUGGUGACAAUCAAAAGAUAACUGAAAAUCUCAAAUAUCCAGCAAAGCUCCCAUCCACACUACCAACCAUAAAAAACACCGAUACAGUAAAACUAUCAUUCACAGCUUCAUUCUCUGAUGGGUCGGCAUUGCCGGGUCUGCAUCAAGCUGUACUGUCAUUGCAAUCUACGGAUCCUGUAUCGCGUGUUGCUACUCAAAUCGCUACGAAAUUGGAUGUAGCUUAUGCUUGUGAUAAGGGCCGUGGUGCUUCGUAUUCGGUCUCUACUGAUUUUGGAACUCAGGAUACCAUCGACGCCUUCCUAGCCCACUCUGGAUCAUACGAUGCCAUCCUCUACAUUGCACACUCUGAAUCUUCAACCCCAUUAGCAUAUCCAAUGGGAAGCAUCAGAAUCAACUUUCCUAUAAACGCACAAGUGUCUAUAAAACCAUCCAUGCCUGAAUCAUUCCGUCCUGAAAAGGAAAUUCAUCAUAUAUUUAGACUGCCUGAUAAACAAGCUCCAAAAUGGUUGUCUGGAUUGUUUACGAUCCUGGUGGUAGUGCCUUGGGUUUUCUUGUUGGCUGCUUGGGGAAUACUAGGAGCAAACAUUAGCAACGCAUUCGAACCAAGUACAAUUGUGCCCGCAAUUGCCUUCUUUGCAUCUCUUGGUGGAUGGGUUUACUUGAUGUACAUGUAUUGGUUGAAGCUCAACAUGUUUCAAUUCCUGUAUUAUGGAGGUCUGCUGGGACUUGCUACAUUUGUUGUUGGAAGGAGAGCACUUGUUGAUAGGGCGCAAUUGCGUCUCAAGAAGGGUUAUUGA